CCAAUUUCGCAGUCCAACCAAGCAGAUAAGCAAGCUCCCGGGGAUCACUUCCCAAACCCCAAAAUCCACCGCCACCGCCAACCCCCACCAUGCCUGUCUUCAAAACCCCAUUCAACGGCUACUCUGUGAAGUUCAGCCCCUUCUACGAGUCCCGCCUGGCUGUGGCCACCGCCCAGAACUUCGGCAUCCUGGGCAACGGCCGCAUCCACGUCCUCGACCUUCCCUCCUCCACCUCCCCCCAAAUCUCCGAGCUCGCCUCAUUCGACACCGCCGACGGCGUCUACGACCUUGCCUGGUCCGAGUCCCACGACUCCCUCCUAGUGGCUGCCAUCGCCGACGGCUCGAUCAAAAUCUACGACCUCUCCCUCCCCCCCACCUCCAACCCCAUCCGCUCCUUCCUCGAGCAUUCCCGCGAGGCCCACUCCGCCGACUACAAUCCCGUCCGCCGCGAUUCCUUCCUCUCCGCCUCCUGGGAUGACUCCGUCAAGCUCUGGACCCUCGACCGCCCCACCUCCGUUCGCACCUUCAAGGAGCACGCCUACUGCGUCUACUCCGCCGUAUGGAACCCCCGCCACGCCGACGUCUUCGCCUCCGCCUCCGGCGAUUGCACUCUCCGGGUCUGGGACGUGCGCGAGCCCGGCUCCACUAUGAUCAUCCCCGCCCACGACUUCGAGAUCCUCUCCUGCGAUUGGAACAAGUACGACGACUGCUGCAUCGCGACUGCCUCCGUGGACAAGACCAUCAAGGUCUGGGACGUCAGGAGCUACAGGGUCCCCAUCUCGGUGCUCAGCGGCCACGGCUACGCGGUCAGGAAGGUCAGGUUCUCGCCGCACCGACAGGGCCUCAUGGUGUCCUGCUCCUACGACAUGACCGUGUGCCUGUGGGACUAUAUGCUUGAGGACGCGCUCGUGGGUCGGUACGAUCACCACACGGAGUUCGCGGUCGGGGUCGAUAUGAGCGUGCUUGUGGAGGGGUUGCUCGCGAGCACCGGCUGGGACGAGUUCGUCUAUGUUUGGCAGAACGGAACCGACCCCAGAGCGUUCUAAUUGAGAGGAAAGUCGAACCUUUUUUUUUUUUUAUAUGAAAUUUGUUACAGUUCUUGAUUUAGGUAGUGAAAAGUAAUGUGAUGCUUGUUGGGGGAUGGGUUCUGGGUAUGUUGUUGUUUCAAUUGUGAGAUUCAAUUUGCUGGGGAUGUUGAUGAAUAGCUUCCUGAGUUAUCAAUCCCGUGUAUAUUAGAUUUUAAUAAAACAACAGGUUCAAGUUGUUUGGUGCUUU